AUGGAGCAGGAAGCUGCAAGAGAGGAGGAAGAGAGAAAAGAAGGCUUGAUAGAGUUCUAUGAUUCCUUCAAGGACAUGUUUGAGUUCUUCUGUAAGAACACCACCAUCCACGGCACCAUCCGCCUCGUGUGCUCAAGCAGCAAUAAGAUGAAGACAGCUUUCUGGACUCUGCUCUUACUUGCCAGUUUUGGCAUGCUGUACUGGCAAUUUGCACUCAUGUUCAGCCAAUACUGGGCCUACCCUGUUGUCCUGACCAUGUCCAUGCAUUCAGAGGCCAAGAUGUUUCCAGCAAUUACCAUCUGCAAUCUGGAUCCAUACAGAUUUGAUCUGGUUAGUGAGCACUUGGUGCAAUUGGAUCGCAUGGCAGAGAAAUCUGUUAGUGUUCUAUAUGGCAUCAACACGUCUGCCAGCUUAUUCCACGUCAACGAGAACAGCAUCCACAUGAGAGACUUGCCAAGCACAGGCAACCACAACAGAUCCAGCUUCAAACUGAGCCAAAACUUCUCUCUACUGAGAACAACUGAGUUCAAUAAUAGGACAGGAAAGAGACAAUCUCUUGUGGGCUUCAGGCUGUGCAAUGCCACAGGUGGGAAUUGCUUCUACAAGACCUAUUCAUCUGGGAUGGAUGCAAUCCUUGAGUGGUACAGGUUUCACUACAUGAACAUCAUGUCCCAACAGCCAGUUAUAAUCAACAUUUCUGAUCACGAGGAGAAGAUAGAAGACAUGGUUUAUUCCUGUCAGUACGACGGGGAGCCCUGCAGGCCCAGUGACUAUGUUCACUUUCACCACCCAGUCUUUGGAAGCUGCUAUACUUUUAACAGCAAGGGAACAGACUCCUUCUGGACAGCAACAAAACCAGGAAUUCCUUAUGGACUUUCCCUUAUCCUGAGAGCAGAGCAGAAGGAUCACAUCCCACUCCUGUCUACAGUAGCAGGUGUGAAAGUGAUGAUACACAACCACAACCAGACACCAUUCCUCGAGCAUGAAGGCUUUGACAUCCGACCAGGCAUUGCCACCACCAUUGGCAUCCAGCAGGACAAGGUGAAUCGCCUGGGUGGCAAUUAUGGGAAAUGCACAACAGACGGCAGUGAUGUGAAAGUUAAACUCCUUUACAACUCCUACACCCUGCAGGCUUGUCUGCAUUCCUGCUUUCAGCACAUAAUGGUUCAAAAAUGUGGCUGUGGGUAUUACUACUACCCACUGCCUCCUGGGGCUGAGUACUGCAACUACAACAAGCAGCCUGCGUGGGGCCAUUGCUUUUACCAGCUGUACAGCAGGCUCAGGAACCACCACCUGAAUUGCUUUGACCAGUGCCCCAAGCCUUGCAGGGAGUCGCUGUACAAGGUGUCUGCUGGGACAGCCAAAUGGCCAUCGGAGAAGUCUCAGGUAGUCCAUACAGACAGCUGUGGGAAUGGAUAUAAUUCUACGAGCAACAGGUCAGACAUUGCCAAGGUGACCAUUUACUACAAGCAGCUGAACUACCAGUCUCUGAAUGAGUCUCCUUUGCUCUCGGAUAAUCUGCUUCUGUCCAGCAUGGGAAGCCAAUGGAGUCUAUGGUUUGGAUCCUCGGUGCUGUCUGUAGUUGAAAUGUUAGAGCUGCUCAUAGAUACGUUGGUGUUGUCUCUCCUUUUCUGCUACCAAAGAUUCAGGUCAAAGACACUAAAAGUAGCCAGCACCCCCUCCAUCCCUAGUGUGAGCCUGACCCUAGAAAGCUACCGUGUUGUGCAGGAGGCUGGAAAAGGCACUGCUGCUGCCCACGGCCACACUUCAGGAGUGCCUAUGGCCACAGCCAACAGCAGUGACCCACAUCCUGCCCAGCUCUCCAGCAAGGCAAUAGCAGAGCACUGCCCAAAUGUGGUGCUGAAUGGGUUCAGGUACAUGAAGGACAGCUCUCUGGAAGGGGAACUAAAUCUCUAAGAACGUGUGUGUGGCACAGAGCCAUCAGAAGGGCUGCAUCCUGAGCGCAGGCAUCACGCAGUGUCCCUCUGUUCCUAAUGAACAUCCGGGGAGGUGAGCACUGUAUGCAGUUCUCCUGACCUCUGAAAAGCCCGUUCACAGCCUUUAACUUUUAAACCCUUGCAAGGAAACCACCCUGUGGUGUCAGACAGGCCCAUCUGCAUUUCAUAUAUACUUGAGAGAAAAGUCAGCUUACUGUCAAUGGGGGGGACAUCCAACAGGGGCAAAGCUCCCCAUUGUCAGGGAUGACAAUUUGCCAUAAGCUGCUCCGAUCACAGCUCUGUCCUUUGCUUACCACUGUUGCAUGUAGAGGACCAUCAUGCACAGAAUGCUUCAGCCCCGUAUAUUUCAAGUGGGACCCGCUGUCUCAGAGGAGAGGAAUGGGAGGAAAUAGGGCUGAUCAAUUUUUUUCUGCCACAGAAGAAGCGUCUGAGCUUCUGAGAUUAAAACAGCGCUGCGUUUUUAGUGCAGCCCCACUUGUAGAGAUGUUUUAAUGUUAAUAUUUGACAGUAACUUAUGUGUACAUAAAAUAACAUAUUUAUUUUUGAUGACAGUGUCGGCGCAGGUUUUACUCCGUUACAAUUGUUAUGACUUUCUGCAGAAGAAUUGUGAAGGAAGUGCUGAGCUUUGUUUUCUAGCUUAUUUUUGUAAUAAUAAAACGCUCUGAGCGCAAACCAUGGCUGCAAAUUGAGUUUGAUUUUGUUUUGCUUCCACCCAAUAUUUGGGUUUAUUACCAUAGAGUCACUUGGAAGGGAAACAAAUGCUUCCUUCUAUUUUUGGGGGCUCUGGAAAAGUCGGUUUGGGGAUGAGGGAGAACAGGACAUGGGGUUGCAUUGCCUGAACGUCAACCUUGGAGCAAGAGGGAUGUGGCAACAACGCAGGGCAGGGAUCUGUCAGCAGAGGUGUGUGCUCGAGCUGUGCACGUGCAUCACAGAACAAGCGGUGUUGCAAGGCAGAAAGGAGCUGCACACGGCGUGUGAGUGGGAAGGAAAGGUGAUGAGCCACAAGGCCAAGGCUGUGGGGUUCAAGAUGGGAGGCAAAUCCGCUUCCUAUCUGCUUAUGCAGCCUUUAAUAGAACCAAACAAUGGUUCAGAGGUAGCAGAAGCACGAGCAGCAGCCUCCAGCCUGAAGGCAGCUUGGAGCAACCUUCUCGGAGGGCGUGGGCCAGCUGUCAGAUUAGCAGCUGCCUCUGUAUUACAGAACAUUCCCAUCGUCUGCUGCAGUUGAGCAACAA